AUGAGCCGUGGAAUAGAAAAGGAGAAUGUGGAAGAUGAUCACAAUGAGUCAUCACCUCCAGAGUUUACGGGACAUCGCAAAUCAGUACCAAAUAGAUUGAAGAAAUUUGUAUACAAGGCACCAAAUGAAAUCACAAGAUUAGAAUAUAUAGCUAGUAAUCUUUGCUAUGUCGAUGACACUGAUGACAGAUUCCAUUUUGGCCAGCCAACAACGGCUUCAAGUCCACCUUCUACUGCAUUUGAAGCCACGAAAAAGAGUAGAAAUACUCCAAAGUUAAAACUAAAUACUAACAAUUUACCCAAAACCUCGUCACAAAAUCCAGAUAGUGGAAUUUCUCCACGAGACAUAAGAUUUCUAGACUUCCCAAAUGUUGAUUCACUACUGUCAGACCUGUCUACACGGGAUGGGUUAAUUGAAAACCUAAGAGCAGAUGUGGUAUCAAGCGAAACCAAUGAAAAGGUAAAGGAAUUGACGGAUAUUACCAUCAACAACCUUUUGAACGGUCCACGUCCAGACGAUCAGAUCCCUUCACAGACUAAAUCCAGCAGAUCUGAUAUCAUUAAUGAAGAUGCUAUACCAUAUGAAAGAGAGCUACCAUCAAGCUCUGACUUCGUAUUUGAUUCAGACGUUUAUAGCGAACAAGACGUCCGACUGAAAACACCAUUACGACUGGUUCUCAAAUUGAAACCUAGAAGGCAAUCUAGGAACAAUUCAAAUGAACUCAAAUACGUAAAUUCAGCUGACGCUUUUAAAGAAAGAAUUAGUUCAAAGUUUAAACGACAAAGAAGGAACUUAAGUUUGCAUCUGACUUCGUUUGAGCGUAAUUAUCAAUCGCUACCUACAAGUCCUCAUCUGGAUUCAGGCUUUGCAGGGUGUGUUCUGAAACAACCUUUGGCACAUGCUACAACAUCGAGGUCUCCUUACCCUCCACCAUAUCGGUUAAACACUGAAGCGCUGGCGCUGUCUCCGUGUCUUUCUGGUAAAUUUAAAAUCAAUGAAGACUCUUUUCGAAGGAAUAUGCAUCGCAUUAACCCCAAAGUACAUCGAGGUUGGAACAUGAGUUCACCUCCAACUGGAGGAACAUUUAGCACUCCAUUGAGUGGAGUAUCCUCAUAUUCACAACAUACCAGUACAGAGACACCCUAUCCGACUGAAGAGUAUUUAUUUUAA